AGUCGCCCCGCCGGCCGGGAACCGUGGCCCCGGUGGGAGCGGCACGGCUCUGCUGGGAACGGCACGGCCUCCAGGGACCCCGGUCAGAGUGGCUCCGCCGGCGCGGAGCCGCGGUCGCUGCCCCUGUCUGUACCCGUUCUCUGUGCGGGAGUGAGCGGUAUCGCGGCCUGAGCGGUCGCUGCGGGUCCUGCAGGUUGAGUGGAGCUCGGUGGAAAAUGUCCAGAAAGUUAAAAUUUUCACACAGAAAUAAGCCUGAUGGAAAUAGGGACACAUAAUUUUCUUGUAGAGGGAUAUACAUCAAGAUAAAUCAACAUGCUUCUGGGUGAGCAAGAUCAAUUCUUGUCCUACAAUGGUGAAAUCCUUGUAUUUCAGUUGUCAAAACCAAAGCAUGCAGAGGAAGCAGAUGAUAAAACAAUGAAUUUAAGUGUCAGAAGGAUGGUGUUCAACAGAGACACUAAGCUGUUUGUUCAGAAGUCUUCUGGAGCAUUCAGCGUGGAAGCCAGUCACUCAAAAAUUGAAAUGCUUUCUUGUAGCUGCACAACAGAUUCCAGAACAGGGAUUAUUCUUCCCUGCGUUUUGAUGAAGAAGAAAAAACGGAACAGUAUCAAAUACUUUUUAUUGUUGCUUCACAGUUCUAACCAAUUUGAGCCAUCCUUUUAUUUUAAAUUGGACUAUGAGCUGAAAGAAGACAUCAGGUUGUUUGCUGGCCCAUCACUGCUGUGGAGACAUGACCACAAGCUGUUCUACAUCUCUUCCAACACCUGUGUGGUUCAAAGUGCCCCGGUUCAUCUUUCUUGUGUGGUGUGGACAGGUGAAAUUGUGGGUGAAGGCACUGUUGUCUUAGGGAUAAGAACUGCUUGCCUGCCAGAGACUGAAGACCCAGAUGGGUUUUCUGUUUCAGACAGAGCCAUCUGGGGCAGUGAGUUCUUUGGGUAUGCCAUUCAAUCUCAGAAGUUUCUGAGUGGCACGUGCUUCAUGCCUCAUGCCUACAGCAGAGUGGUGUCUUCUGUCCAUGUCUGCAGGAGUGAGAGACUGAGGAAACAGCUCCGAAUAUCACUUGUUGCCAUAACCCACAAGAACCAGCUUGUUUGGUUCCAAAAUGGUGCCCCUAAAGGUGUUUGUGACCUUCCUUACGAACAGCCACGUUCAGUAACACCAGCUCUAACCAGCAGCAGAGAUUUGCUGUUUGCUGUGUCUUUUGCCUCUGGAAAUAGCUGUGCUGUACAGAGGAGAGACAGCUUACAGGUGGCUUCCAAAUGGCAAAAAGUGAAGUGUGUUCUGGUGGAUGAUUUUAUUGGCUCUGGAAGUGAGCAGCUGUUACUGCUUUUUAAGGAUGACUCCAAUACUGAUGUGUUAAGUACAUUCAAAAUAACAGAUCUUGGGGAGGUCGACUAUGCAAGUAGUAUCACUUAUAAACAUGAUGUUCCUGCUGCAGAAGGAUUGCAAGAGAAUGGUUUGCUUACUGUCCGAGCCCUUGAAACAAGAUUACAGGCUGGUUGGACUUCUGUUCGAGAGCUGCAGCAGCAUUUAGCACUCCAGAAGAGGGUUAUUCUUGAGUCUUGCAGAGCAUUAAUAGAUCUUGUUGAAGAAAGACCCCAUAUUCUACCAAACUCAAAAGAGGAAGGCCUUGUCUCUCUCUGGGAUGAUGAAGAAAAUCUUCCUGAUUCUCUUAGUAAAGAGACACCAUCAGCAUCUGAAGUCCCAGAGCACUUCACAGAGGAAUUGUGGCAGCGUGUUGUGGGAGACAGCCUGGUUGUUGGAGUAAAACUAACUGAAUCAUUUUAUUUGUCACUGAGUGAUGUCAGUUUAUCUCUAGUGAUGGAUCAAGACUUCUCUUCGAUUUCUCCAAUUAUCAAGUGUCAAAGUAAAAUCAUUAAGCUGAACAAAGCCUUCUCAGCAUUGGCAGUCUCCCCAGGUCAAAUUGAACCUCCUCCAAAAAAGAUGAAAUUGGACUUGCAUGGCAAGAAUGAUCUGAGAAAAGAAUUUCCUAAGAGAUCUUCAAGGAUUCAGCUGGAUGGAGCAAGGACAGUCGCUGCUGUCACCAGCCUUUCACCACUACUGGCAUUUCAUCGUGUGUGCUGUGUGGUUCUUCUGCAUGCCAGGAAGCAAAACCAUCAGAAUGAUGAUUUACAGCACAGCAAAAAGAUUACUGUACUCUGUGGGAAAAUUUUGUUAAGUCUGGAAGAUAUUUCAAAUGGCAGAUAUUCAAUAAAAAUGCUCAGGGAUAAUAGUUACUGUACAGGUUCCAUGGAAGAUAUACUUGCUGUCCUUGCAGUGUCUGUCAGAUUCUCCUUUCAGAUUGUGUCUUGUGACUGCACACUGACUCCAGUCAGUUCAUGGUUACUGGGAGAAAUGGAGUGCACACCAUUUAAGGAAUGCCAGGACAACAUAUUCUGUCAUAAAGCAGGAAAUGUCCAUGGUACAAUUUUUAAUUGGGCCCUGAAUAAUCCAUUUGAAGGAGUUCUAACAAUAUUUUGCAGAAAUCUGACUGUCUUGUUCCAGUGCCUUCACAGCCUCACUAGAGUUCUCCCUCCAAGCUGCAGUGUAAAACUCCUGAGAUCUGGAAGCAAAGCAGUACUUACUGAACAGUUAGCACUGGCUCUGGAAAAGGAAGUGCUUACCUUGAAGAAUUCUCUUUUCUUAAAAGAAACUAAAGCUGGAAACAGUUUGACAUGGGGGGAUGAGUCUGGCAAGAAAAACAAUAAUGCUCCUCUGGCUUCUUUACUGGACACUGAGGAAGGAGUCCAGCAAUUCAGAAAGAAACUUCAGAAGGAGAGGGAAGAGAGUGUGCAAAGUAUGAACCAAACACUGAAUGGUGCCCUGUACCAGAAAACUGCUUUGAAAAUAGCAGAAGCUCAGCUCAGUUCAGAUAUGAUUGUGUGGAGACUGGCCAAGUCCUAGAAACUAUUGACUAAAUUUAUUUUGACAAAAAAUUUAUUGAAGUUAUACCAUUAAAUAAUAUUUAUAUUUUCAUGGGUACUUAUACUGCUUUGUAUUCUAUAGCAUUUCUGUGUUGUUUCUACAGAUAAAUACUGGUAUUUUAAUUGAUGACUAUUGGAAGAAUGUAAUAUUAAGACUGACUCAUUGUUUUGUUAAAGAUUUUGAAAAUAUAUUUUUAAGAUAUUUUCUAAUA